AUCAAUUGAUCAUUCAAGAACCAGAAUCUCACUUGCAAUUUUUUACGCCAAACAGUGAUCCCUUCGCGAAAGCAUCGAGACUUAGAUUCUCCUUUUCAAGAGUCCGCAUAUUAUAUCGCUCUUAAUUCGCAACCAUGAGUGCUGCAGGUCUCUCCAACGUCGGACAGCCCUCUAUCUAUGAGGAUGGUGACCAGCGGAAUGCCCCUCAGUCGGAGGUCAACCAGAGACAGCGAUACAAGGAGGGCCAGCCUCACAGCCACCGGCCCAACGACACCAAGGACGAGCGCUCGAUCGCCAACCGUCUCGCGAGAGAGGAGCAGCGUGAGAGACGACACGAGGAACCCGUCAACCCUGAGGCGGAACUGAGCAAGCAGGACCCUACAAAGCCGGCCGUCGUACACGGCAACAACCCCUCUCGAGGCGCCGAGAUUGACAAGGAACUUCAGAACGAUGACGAGCAGAGACUGAGGGAGAAGGGCAUCAAGAAAUAAAAUAUCGCAAUUCAUAAUCCCAAUACGUGAUGAACCAAAAUACUGACAUCUCCCUGGCAUGGGGUCAGCUACUACAUUCAUACUGCUUGAAUUUUCUGGGUGCAGCGAAAUAUUAUAUUAAUUACAUGGAUUAUAUGUUCAAUGAGAAAAAGAAAUGAAAUCAAAUAAACAAAUAUAUCAUGAUUACUAUCACUUUGACCACUUCAUGAUGAAUAAAAGGAAUAAGUAGUGCAAAAACAUCGAUUAUUUUUGAUUUCUUGAUUGCGGCUUGACGCCAUCUAGUAGUACUAGAUAAUAAUGGAUGCUG